AUGGAGUAUGUUGCGCCAAAACUGAUGAAUGGAGUAGUUGAAGUUGAAAUUUAUCAAGAAGACACAAAAACAGAACCACAAAUUUGGGACAAUGCCUUAAUUUUGUAUGUGGUGGGUGAGGAACUGUGUAUGAACAUUAUAAAGAAUUUUAUAUUGAAGAUAUGGAAUUUCGUAAAGCUAUUGGGUCUAUACUACCAUGAUGAAGGUUACUUUCUGGAAAGAUUCAACAAUCAUGAAGAUAGGGAUGCAGUGAUGAUGAAAGGUCCAUACACGAUCAGAAACAUUCCAAUGAUUUUGAAAGAGUGGAGGCCAAAAUUCAACCUAAAAAAUACCUACUAA